CGAGCUGGAGCCGCCUCCCCGGUUAGUGGCGUAGCCGAGUCGGCGUCGGGCCGGCGGUGCGGAGGGGACGGAGUCCGGCGGGACCGAGCGGGGGGCCAUGGAGAAAGCGGCCCGCGGCGCCGCGCACACCGUCUAGAGCCGGCGCCGGUCUCCGGCGCCAUGGACCGAGCGCCGGCCGAGCAGAAUGUGAAACUCUCCGCGGAAGUAGAGCCAUUUAUUCCCCAGAAGAAGAACCUGGAUGCCUUUGUGCUCCCCAUGGCUCUCCCAAGUGAGAAUGCAAGUGUUUCCGGUGUCGAACCAACUCCAAUCCCCAGUUACCUGAUUACUUGUUAUCCAUUUGUUCAGGAAAACCAGACCACUAGACAGUUCCCUUUAUAUAACAAUGAUCUACGAUGGCAGCAGCCCAGCCCAAGCCCUCCUGGACCCUAUCUUGCCUACCCCAUUAUAUCUGCUCAGCCACCUGUUUCCACAGAGUACACCUAUUACCAGCUGAUGCCAGCACCCUGCGCUCAGGUCAUGGGCUUCUAUCAUCCUUUUCCUACACCUUACUCCAGCACCUUCCAGGCUGCAAACACGGUCAAUGCCAUAACCACAGAGUGUACAGAGCGUCCACAUCAGCUGGGGCAGGCCUUCCCGUUGGCAGGUCAUCGCAGCAGGAACAGUAACAGAGGGCCAGUGGUGCCAAAACCACAGCUUUUACAACAACAUAUAAAAAACAAAAGACCACAGGUGAAGAAUGUGGCUACUCAGAAAGAAACAAGUGCAGCAGGUCCCGAUAGCCGAUCAAAAAUUGUGCUUCUGGUAGAUGCUUCACAGCAAACUGAUUUCCCAUCAGACAUCGCUAAUAAGUCUCUGUCAGAGAGCACAGCCACAAUGCUCUGGAAAGCCAAAGGCAGGAGGAGAAGAGCAUCCCAACCUGCUGUGGAAUCCUCCAGCGAGCAGGGGGCCAGUGAGGCUGACAUCGACAGUGACAGUGGUUACUGCAGUCCCAAGCACAACAACCAGCCUGUGGCAGGGGCUCUGCGAGAUCCUGCCUCUGGGACCAUGAAUCAUUCGGAAUCGUCGGGCUGUACAGGUGGUGUAAACUGGCCCAAAGUAACUUGCCAGGCAACUCAGAAAAGACCUUGGAUGGAAAAAAACCAGAUGUUUUCUAGAGGCGGAAGGCAAACUGAACAAAGAAAUAAUUCACAGGUUGGAUUCCGAUGCCGAGGACACAGCACUUCCUCAGAAAGAAGACAGAAUUUGCAAAAAAGACAAGACAAUAAGCACUUAAACUCUACUCACACUCACAGAAGUGACCCAAAGUCUGAAUCUUUAUAUUUUGAGGAUGAAGAUGGGUUUCAAGAACUAAGUGAGAAUGGAAAUUCUAAAGAUGAGACUAUUCAACAAAAGCUUUCUUCAAAAGUACUGGAUGACUUACCUGAAAACUCACCCAUCAAUAUAGUUCAGACUCCGAUUCCCAUUACCACCUCCGUUCCUAAGCGAGCCAAGAGUCAGAAGAAGAAAGCGUUAGCUGCAGCCCUUGCCACAGCACAGGAAUACUCAGAAAUAAGUAUGGAGCAAAAGAAAUUGCAGGAAGCUUUAUCAAAAGCAGCUGGAAAAAAGAAUAAAACCCCUGUGCAGCUAGAUUUAGGGGAUAUGCUCGCUGCUCUGGAGAAGCAACAGCAAGCAAUGAAAGCACGGCAGAUCACCAACACCAGACCGCUCGCAUAUCCAGUCGUCACUGCAGCUGCUUUUCACACUAAAGACUCUGCUAACAGAAAGCCUUUAACCAAAAGCCAGCCAUGUUUAACAUCCUUUAACUCUCUGGACAUCACUUCAUCUAAAACAAAAAAAGGAAAAGAGAAGGAGAUUGCAAAGCUGAAACGACCUACAGCACUCAAGAAGGUUAUUUUGAAAGAAAGAGAGGAGAAAAAGGGACGCCUGACUGUGGAACACAGUGUUUUGGGAGCUGAGGAUUCAACAGAGAUGCAUUUGGACCUUGCCAGUGACUUACCUCAGGAGUCUGUCUCCCAGGAAGAUACUGGACUGAGCAUGCCCAGUGAUGCUUCACUUUCUCCAGCGAGUCAGAACUCUCCAUACUGUAUGACACCUGUGUCACAAGGCUCACCUGCUAGUUCUGGCAUAGGCAGUCCAAUGGCAUCAUCAACUAUAACCAAAAUCCACAGCAAACGAUUUCGAGAAUAUUGUAACCAGGUUCUUUCUAAAGAAAUCGAUGAGUGUGUGACCCUCCUUCUGCAAGAGCUCGUCAGUUUCCAGGAACGCAUCUACCAAAAGGACCCUGUGAGAGCUAAGGCCAGACGGCGGCUCGUCAUGGGCCUGCGGGAGGUCACCAAGCACAUGAAGCUGAGCAAGAUCAAGUGCGUCAUCAUUUCUCCAAACUGUGAGAAGAUCCAGUCAAAGGGUGGCCUGGAUGAGGCCCUCUACAAUGUCAUAGCCAUGGCCCGGGAACAGGAGAUUCCUUUUGUAUUUGCCCUCGGAAGGAAAGCUCUGGGACGCUGUGUGAACAAGCUGGUUCCUGUUAGCGUUGUAGGAAUCUUCAACUAUUUUGGUGCUGAGAGCCUGUUUGAUAGAUUAGUGGAGCUCACGGAGGAAGCCAGGAAGGCGUAUAAAGACAUGGUUGCAGCGACGGAGCAGGAGCAGGCGGAGGAAGCCCUGAGGAGUGUGAAGACAGGGCCUCACCACAUGGGCCACUCACGCAACCCCUCCGCUGCGAGCGCCAUUUCUUUCUGCAGUGUUAUUUCCGAACCUAUUUCUGAAGUAAAUGAAAAGGAAUAUGAGACUAACUGGAGAAGCAUGGUGGAGAAUUCAGAUGGCUUGGAGACGUCAGGAAGUGAGAAGGCGGCUCCCUGUAAGCAUGGCCCUUCUGAGAAGCCCAGUAAACUCACCCUCGACACGACCCUGGUCGGCAAGCAGCCUCCACCAGCUGCAGGGAGCUGUCCCUCAGCCCCAAGCCAGGGGACACCCACAGUUGACAAGGACGGGCUGAAGCCAGAUGACCUGGAGUGGGCCUCCCAGCAGAGCACAGAGACGGGCUCCCUGGAUGGCAGCUGCCGAGAUGUUUUGAAUUCCUCAAUCACCAGCACCACCAGCACUCUUGUACCCGGCAUGCUUGAAGAAGAGGAUGAUGAAGAGGAGGAGGAGGAAGAUUAUGCUCAUGAACCCACCUCAGAAGAAGCACAGCUCAAUAGCAGAAUCGAGUCCUGGGUCUCUGAGACCCAGAGGACUAUGGAGACCCUGCAGCUCGGCACAGCCCUUCCUGGCUCCGAGGAAGACAGUGCGGAGCAAAGUGGAGAAGAAGCAGCGGAAGCGCCUGAGGGGCUGGAGUCGGGGGUGGACGGCGAGACCUGGACUCCUGACCAGCAGCCCAGACCCAGCAGUUCUGUGAGCAAAGAACACGCUGAUGCCAGUUCUGCUCCCCAAAGUACAUAGCUCAGGAAGUGCCAGCUGUCUCCAGCUGGGUCCAGCUGCAGCCAUAUACCUGAUGCCCCAUCUCAGCAUCUUCCAUUGUCCAGUUACUCAGUGUGUUUUUAAUUCCCUACACUUUUUGUAACUCUUACCUAUUUUGUUAUGAUCUCUAGGGUCGCUGUUAACUAGUGUCCAAGUCUAUUUCUAAGAAUUGUGUAGAAAAUUCAGACUUGUUUAACCUUACUUUGUAAUUAAAAAAACAAAACA